CGCGCCUCGACCCACGCGCGCACGCACGGACGCUGACGUGCAAAACCCGCCGGAUGAUCACACGAACGGGAUGACAAAAACGAUGACGUUACCCGAGAAGAAGGCGAAGAAGAACAGCUGCAAAUUUGUCACGUAAGCUCCAACGUCUUACAAGCACAUGUGCAACUGUAAAAGGCCAGAAAAGUAACUUUUAAAUGAGAAACAAUUUGAUUUUUUAAUUAAUUUCGUUUUUUUUUUGGGGGGGGGGGGAGCGCCGUUUCAGCUCAGGAGAGUCGCUUAGAAAUAUUUUUAAUACACCUCGAAAGGUCACGACCACGAAUUAUACAGAGCUGAACAUAUGAGUGUUAAACAGGCUACACAUAAAAACAUAACAAGAGAUGUAUCCCCCCAAAAAAUAAAAAUCGGCCUAAAUAAAGACAAUGUUUAAUUUGGAUGGCUAGAGACGUAUUGAUGAAUAAAAAGAAAUGAGGCAACAAAUUCAAAAUUCAAAAGUUCUGCCUUUACAAUUACAGACGAGAAAAAAAAAGAUCCUCUUUGAAAAUGGGCAUUAUAGUACUGCCAAGAGCUUUUUGUUGAACAUUGUCAGUUCAAUCCGAUUUAUAAUUAGGGACUAAUAUAUUCCCACUUCACUGCCAGCCUUCCCAGUUAACUUGGAUAUUUGACUUCUAAAGCCGUCAAUGGCAGUGAAUGCGUUCAAUGCGCGGGCAAAUUAGGCAUUCGAAUUUGAUGAGUGGUAACAAAAAAACACUCUCUUUACAAAUUUCAUCAUGAUCGAUGCUAUAUAGAGAAGUAUUAAUGUGACAAUUAUAUAAUGUCAUUGUGCUUGUCGUUUGCAGUGUGGGGCUACACCUGCACGGGCUGUUUCUAAUAUGUUAUGGUUAUUAUAUUUGUAUUGUAUCGGGUGCGACGCAGUGCAGUUGUGAACCACCAUAAAACAUAAACAUAAAUGAUCAGCCAAAAACUAAGUUUUGUGAUGUUUGCCAAGAGCGCUCACUGCAGCGUGCCAAAUCUUUGGGACCAUCGAUGAUUUGAUUAUAAAUAUGUUCGUUCCUAUAAAGUUGAAGGAAUGACAUCCUACUUUUGAGACCGAUUGUACAAUAUGAAACAAUGCACACAACAAAAAGGUGAAUCAUAUCUGCAACACUGCAGAUGCUCAGGUGACGCCCAUUCCCCCUCCCCAAAAGCGCAGUCUACUGUUGUUACUCUUCUCCACUAGGGGGCGCUACAACACAAAGAAUCGAAUUGUGCGCACUGGGCACUGCAGACAUAUUUAAUGUAUUCAGCAUUUUCUACUUAUUUUUAUUUUUUUUGAACGUUACGCAACCUUAUGUCAUCAUGUUUGGAGCAAGUUAUAUGAUGUUACGAUACACGAAGAUGCAAUGACAACACGAAAUAUUUCAAUAGUACACAUUCAGACAACAACAUAUUUAUACUUUAAACCUUGUUGGGUUUUACAAGAUGAACAAUAAAAACGUGGGCUCGUGACGAACUACUAUAAAGGCUCCAUUGAUUAUUUCGCUAGAUUAAGUCCGGUUGCGACGAGUCGCGUCAUUUCCGAGUCACAGUGAACGCAGGUCAGCCGGGUGCGUUUAAUGUCAUGGGGAAAUGAAGCACCGUAUUAACGUUGCAGAUGUCCUAAAUCAGUCAAUUUGUCGUUUGGAUAACGCGAUGCAGAUUUCGAAUGUUAGCUGUGCAGUCAUUCAAGGAAGUUCAAUAACUAUAAAUGAUGCAUUUAUAGUUAUUUCAUUGGAAGAAAAAGGGAGUCACCCUCACUCGCGGUCUGUCUCUUGAAAGCGAGCGAACUUGAACACACCGCCACCACGGUGCAUUCAAAGCCAUGGGGAAAUGUAGCUUUCGCAUUACAGCGGUCAUAAAUCACCAAGUGUGGUUAAAUACAUGACAAACUACCGCAUUUAAAUACCCACGUUUACGAUCAUUACGCUUUUGUAAUAUAUUUGAAAAGAGCCUUAGGUGGUUUGAAGACGGAGGCGGGUUUUCGGGGGUAUUUUUGCAGCGUUUGGCGACACACACGCACACACAGAGACCGUGUGGCGUUCGCGUGUUUUCACAGGGCCCACUUUAUGGCUUUAUUGCUCUCCAUAUACGAAAAUCAAAGCAGGAAACAAAUGUUCCACCAUUCCAGGGGCAUCCGGAAAAAUGCAAAAACAAAAAAACAAAAAAAACAAAAAAAGUCGUUUACGGUUGUUUGGACAGAGGAGCGCAGUAGACGUCUGGACGGCCAACUUGUACGCGCACGUCGAGGGCAGUUGCGACAUCCAAAAAGAAAAGAAUACAAACACAGCAGCUGCAUCAUUUUUCCAAAGUGGCUUUUAGAUAGACCCCGACGACGACGAUGAUGAUGAUGAUGAUGAGGAUGGGGACGAUGGUGGCGCGAUGGUGAACGGGACACCUCGAGCUGACCCCGGCCCGCAACAAAGCCAACCACUAGCGCAGCAGCAGCAGCAGCAGCAGCAGCAGCGGCGGCAGCGGGAGCGGGACGAUGCCGAGCGGCUGCCCCAGCGAGGCGCGCCCUUCCCCGGCUACGCCGAGCGCGACAUGCACGCCUGCGGGAAGGAGGGCGGCUUCCCGGAGAUGUGGACGACGUGCGCCGGGAAGCCCGCUCAGGUGCAGAGGCGAGGCGUCGGGGGGGCCCACCAGGCCAAGGACAAGCCGCCCGUCGUGGUGUACCCGUGGAUGAAGAAGGUGCACAUCGCCCACGUGAACCCGAACCACCCGGGCCCGGAGCCAAAGCGCCUGCGCACGGCCUACACGCGCCAGCAGGUCCUGGAGCUGGAGAAGGAGUUCCACUUCAGCCGCUACCUGACGCGCCGCCGCCGCCUGGAGGUGGCGCACGCCCUCGGCCUGUCCGAGCGCCAGGUCAAGGUGUGGUUCCAGAACCGGCGCAUGCGCUGGAAGAAGGACAACAAGCUGCCCAACACCAAGGGACGCGGCAAGGCCAAGAAAAGCGCCGACAAGGCGGACAUCCCGGUGUGACAUUCGGAGCCAGUGACGACCCGGGCCCACAUUCCUCCGGCGUGCGUUUAGCCUUAAACAUGUAGCCGAGCAUCUUCCCCUCAACUUCUGCAUCUCCUGGAAGAACUGAUUGCUUUGUUUUGGACAGAACAGGGUUCUUUUGGAAUUACUAUUAUUAUUAUUAUUAUUAUUAUUAUUAUUUCUACAGGGUAAAAAAACAAACAACAACAAAGCGUAAUACAGGGUUGUAUAAGAGCGAGGCAGAGUAUUACUUGGAUGCACGUGACCAAAAUGUGUGUUUUUUUUCUUUUUCUUUUUUUAUUUUAUUUUGAAGGACAAACGCAAAGAUGACACACGUAGGCGACAAAUGGGCACGCUGUUGAUUUUAUGUGACACACACACACACACACACACACGCAGCUGAGCCCCAAAAGGUGUUUGCAUAUUUGUCUCAGGGUUUCCUUACAGGGUCUUAAAAGUCCAUCCAGCACCAACAUCGAAAGAAUAAUAACGUGUUUUUCUUUAUUAUUAUUCCAGUGUAAUAUGCUAUAUUUUGCCUCCGUUAGUACUUAUGAUUUUUUUUUUUAUUACGUGUACAUUCCAAAGCAUAUUUUAUUCUCGUUAGCUGCAAAUGUGUGUCGUUUUUGUAUGUGAGAAAGUACAGGGGAAAGAAAAGAAAAAAAAAAAGAAAAAAAAAAAAACAUCCGUGUACGACUUUUAUAUAUA